AUGGCUGCCCUCCAGCCUCUGGUGAAACCCAAGAUAGACAAAAAGAGGACCAAGAAAUUCAUCUGGUACCAGUCAGAGCAAUAUGCCAAAAUUAAGCGAAACUGGCGGGAACCCAGAGAUAUUGACAACAGGGUGCAAAGAAGAGUCAAGGGCCAGAUCCUAAUGCCCAACAGUGGUUAUGGGAGCAACAAGAGAACUAAACACAGUGGCUUCCGGAAGUUUCCGGUCCCCAAUGUCAAGGAGUUGGAAGUCACAAACCUUGCUGUACUGACUUUGUUCACGUUUCCUCCAGGAACUAAAAGCCAUCGUAGGAAGAACAGCACAGCUCCAAGUGCCAGGCUACACAGUGGAGAAGAGGAGUAG